UCUUCGAAUUGACGAUUCACUGAAUGGUUCUUCCUCGUGAAUGAAUCCCUCCGGCGCCGGGAUGUGUGGCGCUCCUCCAUGUAAGAAUCAUCCUCCGCGGCGGCAUUCCAAUUGCGAGAUUUCUCUCCUCGAUCGCCGCCAUGGGCUACAGGAGCUGCCUAUCGCUGCCGGUGGCGGUGGUGUUGAUGCUGGUGGGAUUUGUCUACUACACGGUGGUAUUUCUAGUCCUAGAUCCGUGGCUUGAUCUGGCCACCGCGAAUGGCCUCGCCAAUGCCCUCGCCUUCACUGCUACCACUCUCAUGGCGCUGGUUUCUUACGCUCUAGCGAUUCUCAGGGAUCCAGGGGAGAUUCCUUCUUCAUAUUUGCCCGACGUGGAGGACUCCCAGCAAGCUCCUCUCCAAGAAGUGAAGCGCAAGGGGGGAGAUUUGCGCUACUGUCAAAAAUGCAGAGUCUACAAGCCACCGCGAGCCCACCAUUGCCGAGUUUGCAAGCGUUGUGUUCUCCGGAUGGAUCACCAUUGUUUGUGGAUCAACAACUGCGUCGGUCACAACAAUUACAAGUCCUUUUUCCUGUUCGUCCUCUACAUCACCUCAGCAUGCAUCUACUCUCUGGUGGUGCUUGGCUUUCACGCGGUUGACGAGUUUGAGAGAGCUCUAGAGGUCGUGGCAGUGGAGGAUGACGCAGCGAUCGUCCAGCCGGUCAAGGCAUCUGUGGCUACUGCCUCUCUUCUAAAGAUAAUUUGCGGCAUCGUUGUUAUUCCCCUCUCCGUUGCACUAUCGGGUCUCCUGGUCUGGCAUAUCUACCUUUCCUUACAUAACAGAACCACAAUUGAGUACUACGAAGGGGUACGUGCAAAAUGGUUAGCACACACCUCCGGACCUUAUAGUCAUCCAUACGACCUUGGAGCUCUUUCAAACAUUUUGGUACUCUACGUCCAGGUUUUGGGCCCCAAAGCGUCGUGCUGGUUUUGCCCGAUGGCAGUAGGACACAUUGGAUCCGGCCUGCAUUUCAAGACCUCUGGAAAUGCCGCGGGGAAGUUAUAGGUACCGAUUUUACACAGCCCGAGCAGUUUUACGUCCGUUGAGAAGAUAUGUGCAAGAAGAACGUAGCCAGCUCCAUCGCCCGGGCUCAACUCAAGGAUAGUUUCAGUGGCCCGCGCUCCGAGCUCAAGAUCGCCGUGGCUCCGACAGGUACGAAGAAUGGAAGUCAGCUCGAGAGCGUCUGGUGCAAAAGGCAUACUGGAAACAAGAUCGUGAGCGUCUUCCAAGUGGCCGGCACGACCGAGCAUGUCCACGACGCACGUAUAGUGGUGCUUGGAAGGCCGCGUUUUAAAAUCCAAGCUCAUCGAGACGAAGCAGCGCACUCCAUCGUAAACCCUCCCGGCGUGGCCGCAAGCUAGCAGGGCCAGCACAAAGCACGUCUCGUCAGGUGUAGACGUGGUUUUGAUCGAGUGGAACGUCUCUAUAGCUCGGUGGAAGUAGCCGCUGUGAGCAAGGCCAGCGAGCAUCACGCUCCAGGCAACCAGGUCUCGCUGCUCCAUCCGCUCCAGGAUCUUGGUGGCCCGAUCGACGAAACCAUUCUGGAAGUUCGCAGCCAGGAGAACAGUCCAGGAUAUCAAAUCUCUCGCAGGCAUUGCUCCAAAGAGGCGCAGUAUCUCGCGAAAAUUCUCAAAGUUGGCGGAGCCUGAGAGGAUCGAGUUCCAGGCCUUCAAGUCGUGCUCCGGCAUUGCCGAGAAGAUUUGCUUGGCCUCUUCUAAAUGCCCGUGCUGCGCGAACGAGGAAAGAAUAGUGUUCCAGGAAACUAUAUUUCUCUCUGGCAUGACUUCGAAGACUUGCCUUGCUUCUUCCAGAGAGCUUCCAUUCAAUAUAACAUUCCAUGACACCAAAUC